CCCACCUCAUCGCUGGACUGUCCAUGGACUUCUCCAGUAGCUCAAAUUCUCUCCGCGGCGGUAUGAUUUCCUUUGGUCGCGUCUUCUGUCGACCACAAUGGCUGAGUCCUCCACGAACUCCCUUGGCCUUGAUUUCAACAAUCUUUCCAUCAAAGAGACAACUGAACCUCCUCAGGCCGAUGUAGACGAGUCACAGGUGCUAGAAAAUCAGUCAGCAGAUAGGGACGUUAAGGAGAAGAAGAAGCCUUAUGUGAACCUUGAGCGCGUCAAGACGGGCGGAGCGCAGAGGGAGAAACUUAGUGAAGAAGCGCUCGCUGAACGGAUGCAGCGUAUUAAGGAGCAGAAUGAGAAGAUUAAACAACGCAGAAUUGACGUACAAGCAGAUGAAGACGCGUUCAAGAAGACUCAGGAAGCUGACCGUGUGCGUCAAGCCCAUCGGCGCAAAGUGCAGGAGGGCGUUGACCGCACCCGCGAGCAGAACGCUCGGAGAAAGUUGGACAAGAUUCAGAAUCGUGAAUGGGACUCUGGAAAGCCCCAGGGUGAUUGGAAACAGGCAAGGAACCCCGCUUCAGCUGAUGGAUCUGCAGCAGUUCCAAGUUCCUCGCCGUCUGAACAUAGGGGAGGGAGAGGUCGAGGAAGUAGCAGAGGAGGACCAUCAAGAGGCCGCGGGCGCGGGCGCGGAGGUCCAUCUGUAGCUGGAUUUGCCAGCCCGUCCAAUAGCACUCAAGUUGCCGAUACCUCUUCGUCCAUCAAUGAGGCUACCCCCGUCACGUCCGAGGAACCUGAGGCAGUUGGAAUUGCUUCGUGAUGCAGGGCUAUCUUCUGGAUACCAUUUGGCUUGGCUUAUGUCUCAGAUGAUGGUGACCUGUACGACUCGUGUUUUUUGAAACCAGGGGCGUUGUUGACUUAUUGUAACUCAUGACCUAUCCUCACCUGUAUUUUUCUUAGCUGCUUUGUUAGCAUUUACAAUACGAUGCUGUGUAUAACGUUUCCCUGACAAUGUUGAUU